GUUGGCGAACAUCAGGUCGCUCAGCGUCGCGACAGCUGGCGUCGCGAUGUCAAAGCGGGCUCGCGAGCCGCGCACCACUCGUGCUGCUUCUGCUGCAAAGCGCACUGCCUCAGCGGUGGCUCCGGUGGCAGCCAAAACAGCCAUCGCCGCUCUGGCGUUGAGCGCCCGUGCGCCGCAGCCGCUCUUUGCAUUGGCCGACGAGGAUUCGCUCGUGCCCGGCGUUGUCCUCCGGCGACCAUCCGCCCGAAACAAGUCGCCGUACGUUGGCGAUGUCCAGCUGUCGGACGGCCGGGUCGCGAUUGCGCACAUGCCGUCCAUGGACAUGGGUGGCAAAUGUGUGCCAGGCGCGGCCGUCCUUCUCAAGACCCAGAUCGACAAGGCGACAAAGUUGCCGAUCGGGCCUGACGUGGUGGGUAAGUACGGCACGCCAAAGUGCGAGUUCAUCCUCAAGCUGCUGCGCUGCACAGAGCCGGAGAACGCAAGCGCCGCGGGCGGCGGGUGCUGGGUAGGAGCGCACCCGAGCCUGGGAGAGAAGGCUGCGAACGCGCUCAUCGCCGGCGGCUCCUUGGAGAGCGAGCUGGGCGAGAUCGCGAAGAUCGAGCGCGAGGUUCCCAACGUGGCGGGGACAGACAUGCGCUGCGACUUUCUUCUCACGCACCGCGACCGCAGCAAGACCAUUCUCGAGGUCAAGACUGUGGUCGACACAGACUACGACCCCGCCAUCUCGCCGCCCGAGCGCUUCCCGAACCGCAAGUGUGUCUUCCUCGGCAAAGGGUCGCCCUACGCCCGCGCCGCCAUCUUCCCGUGGGGAAAUUCGAACCAAAAGGGGCCCGACGGCGAGAAGGUGGUCUCAGCGCGCGCCAUCAAGCACGUGCGCGAGCUGACGGCCAUCGCGAGGGGCGAGAAGCGCGAGGCUCCGCCGGAAGGGACGAAGGCCGAGUCGUCGCCGCCGCUCCGCGCGUGCGUCCUCUUCAUCGUCGUCCGCAGCGACGCAACCUACUUUCGGCCAAACGAGGAGGCCUGCCCCUCGUUUGCGCGGUAUCUGCGCGAGGCGCAGCAGGCGGGAGUGCGUGUCCUUGCGCGCCGCGUACGCUGGGGCGAGGAGGCCAUCAAAGGCGAGGCGCUCGGUGCAGCGAUAGACGACGGGCCGCUCAGAGUCGAGCUGUCGGAGGGCAGUGUCGAUUGAAGAAUAACUCGACCAGCUACUAGAGCCGUAAGCGUUAACAAUAGAAUAUAGAUGCGGCUAGUCCAGGAGAGAUGCAGAUAGCAGAUGGGCGGGGGGGAGCCGCGCAGCCGGGACGACUCUCCAGGUCCAGCGCAGCACGUUCUCGUACAUUUGCUCUGUUAUAACCUAUCGUGUGCC